CGUAAACGUCAUCGUGCAUUCCGGCGACGCGCUCGACCGUUUCCGUUUCAAAACGGGAGAUUCUCCGCGAAUGUAAAAUCGAGAAAGAGAUACCUCGUCGAUGGGCGAUCGGGCGACGUGGAUACGUAUGUAUAUACGGUGGAAACGCGCGUAUCCGACCCCGACCCCGACACCGACACCGACACCGACACCGAUACCGACACCGACAUCCGACACCCGACACCCGACACACACACGUCAGAAACGACCGAGAGACGCGAUGUUUUUGUCGAGUUGAAGCGCACGUAUGUAGUUGAAGCACGCGUCUGUGGAGGUUGCGGUCCACCUCCUCUCCUCCCUCAAGGUUCUUUUUAUCGCCUCCUCCAACGUUACUGCGUCGCGUUGCUCCGAGCUUCGAGCCUGUCCGAGCCGGAUUCACGCAGUCGUUGCACGCGCGCGGGCGCGGAUGCAAGCGAGUCGCAUUAGUCGCAGUCGCAGUCGCGCGCAUCUCGUUGAACGUCGUCGUCGCUGCUGCUGCUGCUACCGAUCAAAUGGUAGAUGGAACGACGCACUUGGCACCCACGUUUGUCCGCAACGCGCCGUCCCGUCGAGAGGCCGUCCACGCGCGCGUACACGCGUCGUCCUUCGCCUUCGCCUUCGCCAGGGCAUUAAGAUUCGUCGACGUUCAGCCACGUUCGCUCGAGAGCGCUCGAAAAGUACGAUACGCCGAUAACGAUGUCGCGUUUCGCUUCUUACGUAUCUCGCGCUCUCGUCAUCUAUGCAUAAUUAUCGCGACUGAUUGACCGAUUUACCGUUGUCGUUGGAAAACAAGAUUCACAAUGAGUUCGCAACCGAUUGUUGUGCCUGGUGGAGAUCAUCAGCGUCUGCAUGCGGAAACUCAUUCUGUACCUCUUGGGAGUUCGGUGGAUACCUUCAAGACCAUGACACCGCCAAAUGUCAGCAGAUCUCUUAGUCAACCAGCGGAUCGACAACUUCGACGAAGCAGCGUUCAAGUGCAAUCUGCACCAUUACCUAAACUUCCAUCAACAGAGUCUCUUUCAACAAGCGUAAAUAUUACAACUGGUGCACCUCCAAUUUCUCCAGGACUUUCAGGAAUGAGUGAAGGUCAAAAAGUCGAUAAUUCAUCAGACAAGUCAUUGGACUCUUGCAAAUUAACGCGAAAGGAAUCGUAUAAGGCCCAGAGAAAAAAUUAUCGAAUGGAAAAGAAAAGAGUGGCAAACGAACUUUUAAGUUCUUUUAAAGACCCGACUGUUAUUGUUAUGAGUGAUUGGUUAAAAGUUCGUGGCACAUUGAAAAGUUGGACCAAGUUGUGGUGUAUUCUGAAACCUGGAUUAUUGUUAUUAUACAAAAGCCCAAAAACUAAGAGUAACCAUUGGGUGGGAACUGUAUUACUUAAUACAUGUCAAGUCAUAGAACGUCCGAGUAAGAAAGACGGGUUUUGUUUUAAAUUAUUUCAUCCCUUGGAACAAUCUAUAUGGGCCCCUCGAGGACCAGAAAAAGAAGCUAUUGGUGCUGUUGUACAACCUUUGCCAACAUCUUACUUAAUCUUCCGAGCGCCAUCCCAAGCGGCAGGCAAAUGUUGGUUAGAUGCACUUGAAUUAUCGUUACGUUGUUCUUCGUUAAUAGUGCGCUCGACGAGCGCACUACCACGUCCUUUACUACACGAUACGACGACCACUCAUGAGACCCAAUGGAGCGAAGCUGAUUAUGAAAAACACUUUGAUGACCAUGAGUACGAUACCCGUCAAGUAGUAACGCUAGAUCCUGUGUACAUCUCACGUACAGACCUGGACGAUAUUAGUCAGCCGGAGAAUGGAGUAGCAGCUGAUGCUGAAAUCAGUGCUUCGGAUAGCGAGUCUGAGGCAUCGGCCAAAGAAGAUCAAUCGUCAGAGCCGAUCACUGAAACGCCAUACGUUUCCAAUGAAAACGAAGUUCUUGGAACAGCCGGUGAAGUUGUUACGGAGCUACAAGAAGAGCAAAAAUCUUUGAUAUGGUUUUUAAUGAAACAAGUACGUCCUGGCAUGGAUUUAUCUAAGGUUGUAUUGCCAACUUUUAUUUUGGAACCACGUUCAUUUUUGGAAAAACUGGCUGAUUCUUAUUAUCACGCGGAUUUAUUAUCUCAAGCAGUGUUGGAGGAUGAUGCAUUUACACGCAUGAAGGCUGUAGUAAAAUGGUACUUAUCGGGAUUUUAUAAGAAACCACAAGGUCUGAAAAAGCCAUAUAAUCCGCUUUUAGGCGAAACAUUCCGUUGCUAUUGGCAACAUCCUAAUGGUUCAAGAACAUUCUAUUUGGCUGAACAAUUAUCGCAUCAUCCACCCAUCUCAGGAUUUUAUGUGACAAAUCGUCAAGAUGGAUUUACUAUUAGCGCUACAAUUAUUGCAAAGUCUAAAUUUUAUGGGAAUUCAACCUCUGCAGUUUUAGAUGGUGUUGCUGUAUUAACAAUGCUACCGAGAGGUGAAGAUUAUACCAUGACAAUUCCUUAUGCACAUUGUAAAGGUAUUCUUAUGGGAACUUUGUCUAUGGAACUUGGUGGAAAAGUGAACAUAAUAUGCGAGAAAACCGGCUAUCAUACUGAAUUGGAAUUUAAACUCAAGCCAUUUCUCGGUGGUGCAGAAAUGAUGAAUCAAGUUGUAGGACGAAUACGUUUAGGGAAGGAAACUCUAGCUACUAUAUCGGGAUAUUGGGAUGGGCUGAUUUUAAUAACGGACAAACGAACAGGACAGGAAAAUAUAUUUUUCAAUCCAACUCCGGAAGUACGCAAGAAAAGGUUGAAGAAAUACACUGUUCCUUUGGAAUAUCAGGGACAAUGGGAAAGUGAAAAAUUGUGGUAUGCUGUUACACAAGCUAUUAAUAGAGAUGAUCAGCUUGCUGCUACUGAAGCUAAAACUCGACUCGAGGAAGCACAAAGGGAACGUGCUAAAGAGAGGAAAAGUCUCGGACAAGAAUGGAUUCCAAAAUUUUUUGUACAAGAUAUUAUUACGGGAAAUUGGGUCUAUCGGCAUGCCGAUGUAAGACCGUGGGAUCCAAGAAAUGAUGUAGUACAAUAUGAAGAGAAUUAUAUAGUACGUACAAAGACAAGGCAUAAAACACCUAUUAUGCGUACUGGUAGUAUUGUAUCUACUGAACCACAAUCACAGAUCCCAUUACUACAAGCUGAGUCACGUUCAUCCUUAUCAGUACUCAAGUCUUCAAAGAGGCAAUUGUCUAAUAACAUGCCUAUGUCAGAGACAGCUCAUGAUUCUGGGAGCUCGUCCGCAGAGGCACAUACCGAUUCUAGUCAAUCAUUAGGAAAAAGAAGACGCUCGACUGCUAGAUUAAUAAUUAUUAUGAAGGAAGUAGAGACUCAAAUGCUAGAACAUGGUGAAAAACUAAAUCGUAUACAACAAAUUGUAGAACAAGUUUGCAAGAAACAAAGAGAGUCCAGUGAACAGCAUCACAACAUAAGUAUGUUUAAGAGCUUCAUGGAUACUAUACUUAUUAUUAUUAUCGUUUUCUUGGUGCAAUACUUUAUAAGCGUAUGGAGCAAUAAUCCUGCUAAGGGUUGAAGAAUUUGGUAAUAUUGUUUUAUGUUACUCACUUGAAUUAUGUAUAUCAAUGGUUUGUCUGUUCUACAACUCUCGCAGAACGUGGUGUUGAUACUAUUUCAUGAUCGUGGUAAAGCAAAUCAUAUCGGGAGAGAUAUAAUGAUUUUUAUUUUAAAACAAUAUUUAUGAAACACAUUCGUCUAUGUAGAAGUAAAAUAUUAGAAAAUAUUAAGAAUCCACGCAAUGUAGAUUCAGUGCAAUGGUAUUUUGUCAUAGUUGCAAAAAUGCAAGAUGUCAAAUGCAGGAAAUACUAACAGUCUAUAUGAGCUUAUAUUGUAUAUAGGGCUUAAUUAAUGUGGGAAGAGACGUAGUACUCUUUAAUUACUAAUCUAAUUUUUAUGCAACCCGCCAGUACCAAAUUGUAAUAUAAUCGUAUGAU